AUGAUUCAAUCACCACCCUCAGCGGCGGCCCAACGCCCGAUCCAGUCGCAGCGUCGGCAGCAGAACCACCCGGACCAGAUGCAAGCAUCGCCAACAGCCAUGAACACGUCUUCUGGUACAGGUUCCGAAGUCAGAUCUUCGUCUGGCUCAGGACGUUCUCAAAGGAGCGCGAAUCCCGACAAGCAGAUUUCGCAGAUCGAGAAGAGCGUGACCCAUUUGUUGGUCGCUACCAAACAACUUCUGGAGACCUUGACACAAUGGUCGCGCGGACAGGCACAGGAAGAGGAGGUGUCCGAUGUCUAUGUACGGUUGGGAUAUGAAUUCAACUUGGCAUGUCGUGCUUUCAAUUCAAUAGGAGUCGAGACCUCCGACCUGGGCCCUGUUCCUGAUCUUUUGCGGAGCAUUCUGGAGGACACCCUAAGCCAACCUGCCUCUCCUCAAGCUCUGGACAAUUACCUCCCACGAAUACGAGAUAUAAUCAUAAACCUGCUGCAUGGUCUGAAGAGGAAGCAAAGCAGAUUACGCGGGAGGACAACGAAGGAGACUGGGGCGGGCCAGACACGGGCUCCUAUCUCACAAAUCAGGCAGACGAGCGUAUCGACUACAGCAAGCAGUGAGACGGGGUUGACACAUAUGUUGGAAGAUAUACCCAGCGCGACGUCAAGCAUGCGUGGUCCACCGCCACAGCAAGAAAGCACUGCCUUGUCUGCACAAACGUACGAGCCCGCAAACGCAUCGGCGGUUCAAGCAUCGAAGCCCCCCAUAGGCCGACAAUCGCUUCGUCGUAAUGCCCCGCCACAGCUACCAGAUUCCGAUUCUACGUCGACCAUGUCUUCGAGCACUGCGGAAAACAUACCUGUCCUACCACCCUAUCAUGAUGUUGAUCAGCCACUGUUGACACCCUCGAUCAAUUUUCCUCAUCCUCCUCCACCACCGCCUAAAGAGACCGAUGCCCUCACAAGAUUACAACGUGGAGGAGACUUGGAACGGCGGGCAUCGAGAAGAUUUUCCGCGUAUCAAAUACAAAAACACCUUGGCGCCUCCCCUAAUGGAGUCCCAGUUAUACCUCCUGCCCAAAACUCUCCUAUUCCCAAUCGAGGGAAGGAGGUCCGCGAAUCCUUGUCUGCUGUUCGAUCACGGGGCUCAUUUCAGCAGUCAAGGUCGCGCUCCGUACGUCAAGCAGAUGCUUCACCAGGCAGAAGCGGCACAGUCCGAGCGCCUCAGAGGAUAUCGGAGGAAGCAGAACAAACCCCUGUCUUGUCUCUGGAGGCUGUUCCCCCAAUGAGGCCGCCGGAAGAGCCGCUGAAUCUUGACAGUCCUACAGUCAAGACGCCGGAUGAAUACCAUAAGCCUCCCGUGAGGAAGGACAGUGACGGAAACAGUCUUGUACUAGGAGCGACGGUAAAUGGACCCCUGGAGCCAACGCCUGAGGAACUGCAGGACACUGCCUCGGUUGAAUCACAGCCAGCUCCUCAACCUCCUGAACACAAAACAUCAGCCGAUCAAGAGUUCGACGAAAGCACGCCUGAGACUGUGCAACGAGAACCGAGGGAAAUUUACACUCCACCUCAGUCGCAGGUUGUGGCUUUGGACUCUUCGCCACCACAAGGGAAAGAGUUAACGCUCUUCUUACAGUACCGAAGCAAAAUCAAGAAAUUCGUCCUGGCAGAUGGCUAUGCAGAGCUUACCAUACCGAGGUUACAGCUCGCAUUCAUUGAGAAGUUUGCAUGGAACACUCAGCAUGAUGGUGGAGAGCUCCCUGAAAUCUAUGUGCAGGAUCCUGUCUCCGGCGUAAGACAUGAAUUAGAGGAUCUGUCAGAUGUCAAGGAUAGAAGCGUGCUCGUUCUCAAUGUUGAGCCGCUUGAUGAAGUCAAGAAACACAUUGAUGAAGGCCUAGGAGGACUCCACAGAACCAUAGAAGGUGUCCGAUCUUUGCUUGAGGGACAAGGUACACUGAUGCAACGAUUUUCCGAUCGACAGCUCGAGACUUCGAAGGAAAUGGCGCGAAUGUCGGCAGUUCCAAGCACACAUCCUUCACGAACACCCACACUCACUACUGGCCCCUUCUCCGGCUCAGCAGGUCCGUCAGCUCCAUCUGCGUCCAACUUGCAGGAGAUUCAAGACCUACGCCGGGACAUUGCGGUAUUGCGACAGACAUAUUCUACAAUGUCCUCAGAUUUCAGUGCGGCAAUGACCGACAUCAAAGCCAAAGCGGCCAACGUCAAGAUCGCUGCUGCCGAAGCUACGAACGCUUCAUAUAAAGGCGACGUUGGUCGCGCGCAUAUUAAUGAAGGCAAGAAGGCGCUGUCGGAUGACUCUGAGACCCUUGUCAGUAGAGUGGAUGAUCUCUCUGAUAUCGUUGAGGAACUGCGCAAGGACGUCGUACAAAGGGGCGUCAGACCAUUGCCACGACAACUUGAAGACAUAAGCAAAGAGAUCAGUGGGACAACGAAACACCUGAGCAAGGUAAAAGAAUUUGUCAAGCGCGAAAAGCCCGUCUGGACCAAGAUAUGGGAGCAAGAACUUCAAGUCGUGAUGACUGAAAGAGAUGAUCUGACCCAACAAGACGAACUAUUGGCUGAUCUUGAUGGUGACCUUGAAGACAUCACAAAUGUCUUCAAACUUGUGGAAGAGGCCACCAAGCAGCAGAAUCUCCAAAACACAACCACGGGCGGCCGCAAUCCCUCGAAAAGCAUUCCCUUUGAUCCAGAUGUCGACCCGCACGAGGCCAAAACUGGCAUGCUCGACGAAGUACGCGCACUGCAACCUAACCAUGAGAGUCGACUUGAAGCCAUCGAAAGGGCCGAGAAGGUCCGUCAGCGUGAGAUGCAGACCCGAAAAGUCGGCGAAUUUCAACGUGAAGUCGAGAAUUUCGUGGAAGAGGGCAAGCUCAAGAAGACUGGUGGUAUGGACGAGGUUGAGCGACGCCGGAAGAUGAGAGAUGAGCUGGCUCGCAAAGAGAACUGGGAUCGUCAACAAGCGAGAGCGGCAGAGUUGGAGAAGAAAAGAGCCGAGGAGGCUGCUGCAGCUGCGGCGGCGGCGGCGUCGUCUGCAGAGACCAAUGGUGCGCGGCACGAGUCGGACACUUCACAAGAGGGCGAGGCAGCUUUCCAAGACGCGAACGAAGAGAAUGUACAAUCACCAGAAGGACGUACAUCGCCCACUCCAGAUCCACUAGCUAUAAGAGGCGCUGCUAUCGACGAACAACCAGCUCCGCAGCUACCCGAGGUCAUUGCGGCGGACGAGAAGGGUCUCGGUAUCGCUGAUUCUAUGUUUGCUGCUAUCAUAGGCGUCCAUGCUAUGAUUACCGGCCAGGCUGCUGAAAAUAUCGAAGCUGAUCAAGAUACAGCAGAGAAUGAGGAUAAGGAGAAGGACAACAGAGGGAGUUGGUGGCAACCGGCUAUCUUCUCGACUUGAUCACGCCUCUCCCGAAAACACCAAUCAACCAUAUAAUGAGUGUACGAUGGACCUCGCCUCACUCACAGCGCAUCACAACGAGAGUGCCUCUACAAGGGUUGGUACCAUUGGUCUCAUUUCGAUUCGCCAUAUUUCGAAGACUUGGGAUUGUGACUGUCCAAGUUUCAACACCACAGAUCGAAGAGUUUGAUCUUUGGAAUGUGCCUGUUCUCAAUUUCGGUCACCUAGCCGGCCUGAUAGCGCAAAGCGUGGCGUUACUAAUGUCUGCGAGUUCCUUACCUUUUCGGCAGCAUCCUUAUACUUAUGGGCAUGUAUUGUAUUCAGCGGAUUCGCUCGACACUUGUCGUUGGGCUAGAGUUGGAUACUGUAUGAAGAUGCGAUUUUAGGGAGAAAAUUCCCUUACCAUCCAUAAGUUGAAAACAAGAUCCACAGAAUUCGUGACAUGAUUAUAUUAUAUUAUCCAGAGGAGACAAGUAUGUACAUCUU